UGUUGUGCACAAGGAGCGUAAAGGGACGGCUCGUCGUGGUGUCGUGUGCAGGACCAGAAAGAAGAACAGAAGAGAAGGAUGUCGCCACAUCGGGUUGUGUGAUCUGCAAACGACGCAGGUGUCAAAAGGGAGAAAGCGGACUAAUCGCAUUCAGCCCGGGGGUCGCACCGCGCGCGCGCGCUAGAACCUCCUCGGGUGUUUUUCCUUCCCGCCGCAUCCCGUACCGGAGAGAUCUGAUCGGCGACGGUGAAGUUACCAGUUCUGUCCACCGCCAUCAUGACAACCCACACCUUCCUCCCGGUUCUCCUGGCUGUCUUCCGAUUGGCUGCCUGCUCGUUUCCAGAGGAACCAGGUCCUUUAAUCUCCACGCCUGCUGAGGUUGCCAGGCGUUACCCUGUGUUUCUGGGUCGAGCUCAUCGCUCGUACAUACGGCAGGAGCCACUGUACAUUGAGACAGUUCUAAAGGUCAACCGUACACUGUACAUCGGAGCCAGAGAUGACCUUUACCGUGUGGAACUGGACCAUGUAACAGGGGAUGAGAUGUUCUAUAGCAAAAAGCGAACGUGGGAAUCCAAUAAGAAUGACAUCCGCAUCUGCAGGAUGAAGGGCAAACAUGAGGAGGAGUGCCGCAACUAUAUGAAGGUACUGCUGAAUCAACAUGGCGGCCUUUUUGUGUGCGGGACCAACGCCUUCAACCCGCUGUGCGCCAAUUACACUAGAGACACUCUGGAAAUGGUAGGAGAGACUAUCAGUGGAAUGGCCAGGUGUCCGUAUGAUCCCAAACAUGCCAACGUGGCCCUGUUUGCAGAGGGUAACCUCUUCACGGGUACAGUGACGGAUUUCCUCGCUAUCGACGCCGUCAUCUACCGAAGUUUGGGAGAUAGCCCUGCUCUCCGCACUAUCAAACAUGACUCCAAGUGGUUUCGAGAGCCCUACUUUGUGAGCGCAGUAGAGUGGGGUCCUCACAUUUACUUCUUCUUCAGAGAGAUGGCGAUGGAGUUUAAUUAUUUAGAGAAGGUGAUGGUAUCCCGUGUGGCUCGUGUGUGUAAAGGUGAUCUGGGGGGCUCUCAGCGUGUGUUAGAGAAGCAGUGGACGUCAUUUCUGAAAGCGAGACUGAACUGCUCUAUUCCAGGAGACUCUCACUUCUACUUUAACCUGCUGCAGUCCACAAGUCCAAUCAUACGCAUGCACGGCAGGGACAUUAUCUUAGGGGUUUUCUCCACUCCUGCUAACAGCAUCCCUGGCUCAGCGGUGUGUGCCUUCGACAUGCAGCAGCUGGCACGUGUGUUCGAAGGGAGGUUCAAGGAACAGAAGACCCCAGAAUCAAUCUGGACUCCGGUUCCGGAGGAGCUGGUGCCCAAGCCAAGGCCUGGGGGUUGUGCUGGUCAGGGAUCCAGGUUCAGCUCCUCUACCUCGUUCCCUGACGAGGUGUUAAACUUCAUAAAGACCCAUCCACUUAUGGAUGAAGCCGUCCCUCUGCUGGGACACAGACCCUGGAUAGUUAAAACUAUGGUUAGGUAUCAACUGAACACCAUGGUGGUGGAUACAGAGGCAGGUCCACACAGAAAUCGCACUGUAGUGUUUCUUGGGUCCACCAGGGGCACCGUUCUGAAAUUCCUCAUCACACCGGGUAGAGACAACCCUUAUUCCAGCACGAAUGUCUUUCUGGAGGAAUUAGAGGGCUAUAAUUCUGAAAGGUGCGGCGAUGAUUCUGUCCAAGCCCGCCAGCCAUUGUCUCUCACCCUGGACAGACAGAGUCAUACUCUUUUGUUAGCCUUCCACUCUUGUGUGGUGAGGCUGCCUGUAGCUCGCUGCCAACUGCAUUCCCGCUGUAUGAAGAACUGUAUAUCCUCUAGAGAUCCUUACUGUGGCUGGACCAGAGGAAGCACUUGUUCUCUUCUCAGACCUGGAACCAGACUACCCUUUGUGCAGGACGUUGAGUACGGGAACAUCACACAUCUCGGAGACUGUGAUGGUCUGCUACAUGAGAGUUUCACAGACGAGCCAGAGAGCCUGGUUACUCUAAACCUGCUGGUGGUAGCAGCUGUUUCCGCGUUCUCCACUGGGGCGGCGCUCUCUGGCUUGGCCGUGUGCUGGAUUAUGAGCCAGAAGCACCGUCAUUGCUCUAGAAGUGAAACUUCUUCCUCGGGUAGCCAGCGCAAGAGUGAAAAGGAGUGCAGCAUGCUGGGGCCAAGCACCAGCGGCUCAGUGCUGAGCGUAACGGAUCGGCCACGCCCACAAGGCGAAACGCUGUUCGUGAUGCCCAACGGGUGGACGAAGGCAGCGGAUCUGGACCCAGGACUGCUGCCUACACCUGAGCAGACUCCGCUGCAGCAGAAACGCCCUGCUCCAUCGCUCCGCCUCUCCGACUCAGGCUCUGGCUGGGACCAGAGCCAGACCUACCUGAACUCGGUAGGCACCCAGUGUCCUCCUCCACCACCCUCUGCCAUCUUCCUCAGCUCUAAGCUCCUUAGUGACAGGCGUCAUGAAGAGGUCAUGGAGCGACAGCGCUAUGUUUCUCUCUCCAAGUACCGUGAGCAUGGCACACGCCCAGGUACUCUGCUGCGCAAAUCAGCGGGUGACUACAACUACCCAAUGACGCCUCAGGACUCGCCUGACAGGAGGCGGGUGGUGUCCGCGCCCAGCACACAGAUGGAGUACACCGGCGAGGCUCUACGCUGGACCCAUGAGAACUACGUCUUCCAUGCCGUGCCGACCCCGGGACACCGCUACGCCACAGGCGCAGGACAUCCACCCAGCCUGGCCCGCACCGUCCUGCACGGCUCACGUGGCCUCAUGGACCUGGCAGAUUUCAGCCACCUGCUGGGCAAGGGAGGCAACGAGCGUGCUCCUUCAGGGCAGUGAAGAAAACAGAAAAGAAAAGAUCUGUGAAAAAGAAGGAAGCAGUGCAGUAGAAAACAUGCAGAGUGUAAAGCUUCAGAGCUACUGCAGUGCCAGCAGGAACUGGCCAACAUCUUUCUUUUUUUUUCCUUCAUUUUUCUUGCUGUCUCUCCUCUCUUUCAGAGCUCCUUUUUCGAUCUUGUCUGGAUCCCUUAGUCAUGCUAAGAUCAAUCACUGGAAAUGGCCUUCUCUCUUCCUCAUAGCAGAAGUUCCCACAGAGGAGUGCAAGCUCACACGCACGCGCACACACACACAUGCACACACAGCUUCCUCAGUCCACCCGCGCAGUCUUGCUGGUUGUCUUAACACAAACAGCAAGUCCUUCAUCAGAACCAAGAGAACAGCAACAUUUGUGACUGCAGCAGCGCUAAUGACGUCCAUAUCUAUUCCCAAACACACACACGCUCUCUCUCUCUCCCGCUCAUCAUUUAGAGAAUGUGCUGGCGUGUUCUCGUUCACUGGGGAUUUCUGAGCUGCUGCUUGUAAUAAAACAUUUUCAGUGAGGGUCGGCAGAGACAGCGCAGAGGCAUCGAUUCCCGCUGCAGUCUAGCCGUGGCGUAUACCUCAGCCUAUCCCAUUUUCUUCGGUUUUAUAAAUUGCUUUUUGUUUUACAGUGUUGAACUCACUUAAGUAGCAUCACCGCUCCUGACCCACGAUGCAGUGCCACACAUCAGCAGUAUUCACGCUGGCAGGACAUAUACAAGAAGUCAAGAGCAGUGCAUCUCCUUGACUGCACAUGCAAGCGUGCUUGUUUUCAGAGUGGAAAAUACGGGAGAGAGGAUGAUCCUGGUUCAUCCGCUAACUCAGAUUUUCUGUAAGGCUACUCUACAGAGGGACAGAAAGGGAAAGACAGAGCAUGGAAGAUUGAGCGAGAUGACACAGAGAGGGGUAAAAAAAAAUGGAAGUGCAGAAUUUAAAGCAAUUCUUUUUUUCUCAAGCAGAGGAAAGAAACCCUCUGAAAGUGUUCUUAAAUGUUGUACGUUUCCGUGUACAGUUGUACAGUGAAUUACCUGCUCCGACCUGGACUGUGGACAAACAAAGCGGUACUAAAGAAAAAGCAGUGCUGACCUUCAGCUGAAGGUUCAUAUGAAGAAUAUAUAGACUAUAUAGACGCAUUCGCUGUGCGCUGCGUUUCUCUAAGCAGCGUCUGAGAGAAGAAGAGACGAAAUUAAACUCUCUUCAUCUCCUUAGGGGAAGAGAGGGACAAAUAAGCAACGGAGCUGAGAAAGAUUGUGCCAAAUGAGGACCGCUGAUUGGAUUACCCGGCACAAGAUGUCAUUAAAUAUUGAGUGUUCCAGAGACUCUUCAGCCUGUACUGUAUUAUAACCCAUUUUGUUGGUUGCUUUGUUCCAUGUUUGUUCUCAUUAAUAGGCUCCGUAUUUUCUUUUGUCAUAAAAAGACAUUUGUUUGAGAAAAAGGUCAAAAUUUACAUGCUUUGAACAGUUAGUCGCAUACGUACUGUACGCUUCAUCAGCACAGGAGCGGAAAGGGGGCAUUGUGAAUUAGAUAAUUAUACAAAGUAAAAAAGCAAAAUCAAACUAAUAUAUACUUAUUGCAUAUGUGCAAGUGCCACUGAUAAGAAUAAAGAGACUGAAUCAUUUUACUCAACACCUACUUAUGAUAGAAGUCUAAGGGUAGUUGAUGAGACGCCUGUUAGUGUUACCAGUACAAUCAGUGUUGUUUGAUGAUGCACGGAUGCAACUAAACAAUUAGGAAAGUAUAAAUAACUAGAAUCUGGUUUUACAGUCGGGGGCAGUUACAUAGGGACAUGGGCUUCUGAGUGGCGCAAAGGGAGAGAGUUUGGCCUGCCAUCUGGAGGUCGCAAGUUCAAAUCCAUAGCCAGGAGUCCUAGGGAGCAAAUUGGCCAUGCUCUCAAGGGGGAGGGGGUGUCAUAUUUGCACUCCGACAUUAAUCAUAGCCGAUCAUAGGGGUCUGUGAGCCACGCAGGCAGAUGGCAUCAGGUAGAUCUCUUCCCUGCAUGUGAGCAGCAGUUCAGUCGGCUGGGUGUCACGUCUGCCGGAAGGACCACCCGAAACUGUUGCUUGAUGUGGGGAAGACAGGCGGGAAUUUGUUAUAAGUAAAUUAAGGAGGAAUUCCUUUUUUUUCUCCAUAAGUACAGUUUUGGUCUAUCUUAAAUCUUUCCUGUAAUAGUAUCAGUUGUUUUAAAUUUAAAGUCUGUGCAGAUUGCUCAUCAUUAGAGUUCAACAACUGCCAUUACACUCUUAUUGUAAGUCUGUAUACAGUAGAGUAAUGUGUUUUGUUUCAUAAAUUAUUCUAAAAUUAUUCUUUGUGGUAUUUGUACAUAUGCUACAAACAUUUGCACAAAAGGUUAAGAUGUAACUUUUUCUUUUAAUAAUUCCUGGAGUACACUCAUGCAGAACAGUGUGAGAUUUCUGAACAUAUGGAUAAUCUGCAUAAUGCAUAUGUAAUUCCCGUGCAUUUACCGAAAAGUUUAAAAAUCAAGCACGCUUCGCUGAAAAACACACAUACGCCCAGGCGCACAAAAAACACCUGCAUUUUCAGUGUCCUGCUUCUUGAGGGAGGAUUCACUCUGGUGCAUUCAUGGUUCGUUCUACUCUUUAAAGGUUAAUUCUUUAAAGAUGCGUGAUAUUGGAGCCAUAUGGCUGGGGUUAGGGAGAGUGCGACCACACACCCACACACACAGGAAUCUACACAAAUAUAAACACUGUCACAUGCAGCACCUGUGAAAGUGCAAACUGUGAAAGUACAAUGUAUGCUCACACACGCACAAACCAAGUUUGCUUCAAGAUGGCAUGCAUCUGGAAGGAUUGCUAGCUUGCAGAUUGUUCGCAGAUACGAACACACACACGUGCAACAUGACCAUGGAUGAUUAAGGGAGUGCAUUAUAAAUGCAGUUUGAACAAGUUUCAAAUAAAAUAAUAAGGAAAAGGGAAUCUUGAGGACGUGAGACAGAUCACUGAUAGGUCAGAAUAUCAUGAACCUGCAGUUCCAUUCAUGAUGCUGCAUUUGCACAGAAGCUUUACAUGUUUUCAUGAAACAGUCACACGCGACUACACACAGGAGAAUAUACAGCU